UGUAUAUUUUUUAUAAAUGCUAAUUGAGGGACAAAACAUUAUUUCAGGUAGUUGCCAAAUCAUUGCUUGCUUCUGCGUCUGGCAUAUCAUUGGAGUUUUUGGAACUAAAGCCGGAUUAAGUCCCAUAGCAGUACUUAGUAUUGUCAUUAGCAUUAGAGAGGUGCCUAAUAAUGAAGGGAUUCUUGCUCUAUGCCCACUAUUUUCCCAACUUUCUAUUUUCUUUGGCUCUGUUUUCUUAUGUUUAGUUUCAUGUUUUUCAGUCUCGUUAGUUUCCGUAACUUUAAUAGGCUGCAGGGAUCUUAUAUUUUGAUUCGAAGGGACAUAAUUCCUAUUCAUUUUUAUUUCAUGUACUUGUACUGUUAAAUUAUCUAUUAUUUCUUUCAUUUCUUGAUUUUGAUUUUUCAAAUUCUCAAUUUCAUUGCUUCCUGCAUUUUUCCUGCCUUGAUUUCUAUUAUUAAAUGACCUAUUAGCGUUGAACUGGCGUUCC